UUUUUGGUAUCCUAUCGAUGAUUCCACAGUGUACACGACUCCGGAGCCCGUGCCCGCGUGGGUGCAGCAGUUUUCCCCGGAGAUGCAGAGGUGGUACCGGCUGGCGCUGGCUGCAGGACGGGACCCAUCAGCGAUACAGCCUCCCGGCACCGUGCAGCAGCCGACCUUGCCGCCUCCUGUGGAGGAGCUUUGCGGUGACUCGUGCACGUCACACCACGAGUCACUCCCAGACCUACGUCACGGCAACUUCAGCUGCAGCACCAUCGCCUACCAAAACAUCUACGUGUGCAUGUGCAUCGCUAAGUGCGACGACGGCUACCAGACCGAAGACGCGGGCCUGCUGUUCUGCAACCGCGGCCGAUGGGCGCCGAUCCAGCCCAAAGUCGUGUCGACACUCGUCGGCGUCGGUCGGGCUGCAGACGCGAUGCCGAACACCGACCCGCGGUUUUUCCAGCACCUCGGUAUCUCCGACGAAAUUUACGCGGAUGUGGCUCUUCACAUUUUAGUGAAGCUUGACCAAGUCCCCAACCUUCCCAUAGUGGAGACAUAUCUAGACUUGAUUUCGCUGGACAAUAUUAUCGAUUUUGACAUGAUGCGGCAGUUGUUGAUCUGGGUCGGUCCGACUAUCGAUGACAUUGUGGCCAACCUGGACUUCCUGGAGGUUUUGUCUCGUUUAGUAACGUUUGGGGCCACCAGACAUCCGGUUUGCAGAAACGUGGUCUGUGGAGGUGACUUUGAGAAUUUAGUUCAUGGUCGAGUCUUCAGCAGCACAGUGACAUACAAGUCAGAGGCCAGAGUGGUCUGUGACCGAGGCUACCUGCCCAGGCACCCUUCACUGACGUGCACGGCUUCAGGACAAUGGGACAAACCCGCACUGUGCGACCCAGUAACCUGCAGUAUACCUGAGGAUCCCCCGCACGGCUCGUACCUGUGCCAGGACCACCUGUUCUCGGACCGAUGUGACGUCAUCUGUGACGUAGGGUACCUGCCGGAAACUGACGACACCCUGGGCUGCAGCUGGACCGGAAACUGGACCGCCUUUCGCAGCGGAAACACCACAGAGAUGGAAAAUGCAGCAACAGCAGACGCCGUUAUCCCACAAACUCUGGCUUGCGUCAUCGCGGAUUGCGGAAAUAUUACGACGCUCACACACGGCGACGUCACCUGUACAGGUACGACGUACGGCGAGACGUGCCAUCUCACCUGUAUGGACGGCUACAAACGGUUGAACCAGGAUAACCUCACCUGCCAGGUUCAUCACGUCACAGCACAGGCUGCCUGGAGUCAGAACCCGGAGUGUAUCCCAGUGAGUUGUGGAGUCCCUCCGGAGUUCCCCAACACAGUCAUACAGUGCGCCAGCGGACACACCUACGGGAACACCUGCGGAGUCACCUGUGCGGACGGGUACGAAGGAACAAGCCACCAGACAGUAACUUGCCACAGCACAGGAACCUGGAGCCUACAGACGGGAGCGUUCCAGCCAGUUGUUGGGGGACCAGAUCUGUUCUGUCAAAAGAAGGACUGCGGCAUACUGUCUAGUCCGGCUAAUGGCAGCCUGACUUGCAGCGGGACAAAGUUUCAGGACUCCUGCCGCCUGACGUGUGAGCCGGGCUACAAAGUUGCCAACGAGAGCGGCCAUGUUUUCCACAGCCUACACAGCUUCAGGUGCAUGGCCAGUGGACACUGGAGCGACAAACCCGGGUAA